AUGUCUAACCAGGGUUAUUACGGCCAGCAGCAGCAGCAGUACCCUCCUCAGGGUGGCUACUAUCCUCAGCAACCGCCUCAGUCUUACGGUGGUGGUUACGGCGGCCAGCCAGGCUACGCCCCUCAGCCUCCUCCGCAGACUGUCUAUGUUCAACAGCCUCAACAGCAGGGUGGUGGAGGUGGAGGAGGCUGCUGCGCCUGCCUCGCUGGCGCUUGCUUGUGUUGUUGCGCGGAAGAGAUCUGCUGUGACUGUCUCUUCUAG